UUUUAUUUUAUUUCAAAACGUGAAGGAAAAUAUUGAAUGACUUUGACAAAUGACGACGACAACAGUUUCAGGACAAUCUUUUAUAAAGACAUUACGACAUUAUUUAGAUGCUAACGAAUCCAAACUUAUGACAAAAAAUGAUACAAAAGGAACUUCUUCAGUACGUGGUAUAUCCAAUCUUCCAACAGCUCUUUCCAACAACAACAACAACAAAUCUCUUGGAUUUCCUUACAUGUCUUUAUUAGCCAUUACUAGUUCUUCUUCUUCUACUACUACUUUGGACAAAACACCUUAUAUGCCUACUACAGGUUGUUUCUCUCUCGAUAUUCAUUAUCUUUAUUUUUUAUACGUUCAAUUCGAUCAUCUUGGACUAGAUAUUGGUACUUCUUUAUUGGGUAAUGUACCUACAGAAGGUUAUGUGACUGACCAUGUAGACGAUGAUUCAGGUAAAGCUCCUUCUAUACUUUCCAUUGGAUCAGUAUCAUCUGCCAUGUCUACUCUAUCUCUUGGAACUGGUUGGCAGUUUUGGAAAAAUCGACAAGAUACUCAAGAACAGCAUAUAACAAACAAUAGCGGACAUAAUUUACAACAGGAUAUUAUUCAUAUUCAUCAAUGUCUUUCAAACAUCAAGGCACUUAAGCUCCAUAUGCAUGUGUUUGUACAUCCAGAAACUGGUAUACCACGAAGUGGUCAAAGAGCGAUUCUUGGUUAUGAACAACCUCUUACACAACAGCCACAUGGGACAAUCCUUCUUUCUCUAUCACCAUUCAAGCACCUAUCAUUUUUGGAAUUGGAUCAAAUUCAUCCUAGCAUGAUCAGUGAUUGGUCUUCCUUUACUCCACGUUUGAUUAGUCUGGUUAUCAAACGAGCCGGUAUUGAAAAUGUAGCAGAUCUAUUCAACAUUUUACAAAACAGUCAUCUUGAUAAUAAUGACGAUGAGGAUGGAAAGAGCUCAAUAAAUAGAACUUCCGAUACCACCAGCAAUACCAACACUAUUGAAUUACAUCAAUUGCGAAUGCUUUCAUUACAAGACAACAAUUUGACUACUUUGGAUAUUGAACCACUACGACAAAUUCAAUCUAUUACUCAUCUCAAUUUAUCUAGCAACCUUUUAAUCGAUAUUCCUCAAUCUUUAUCUAUUCUUUACAAUCUACAUUCUCUUGAUUUGGCAUACAAUAUGAUUUCAUUUACUAUGGGUAUCAAUGCUGUACUAGGCAAUAUUCAGGAACUCAAUUUACGUGGAAAUCGAUUGACAAAUGUGGUGGGAUUAGAUCGACUUUGGGCUUUGGAACGUUUGGAUCUGCGGGACAAUCGGAUCGAAGAUAUGACAGAAAUUCAUCGUCUUAUUAGCUUACCAAAUUUGGAUGAUGUUUGGGUGAUGGGAAAUCCAUUUACUUUGACAAACUCAUCAUAUCGAGUGGAUCUUUUUACUGAAUUUCAACAACAUGGUUCGUCAUUUAAACUCGAUGGAAUGGGUCCUUCCUUUGCUGAAAAACUGAGGUUCCAGGCAUCUUUGAACAAUACACAACGUCAACAUCAUGACAAUACUCCAGCAGCAAUGACAACACCAUCUGUCACUUCUUCACCGACUCCACCAGCUACAACAGCCAUACCAACAUCAAAUGAAUUGGACAACACGACAGCAAGUGGAACUGUCGACGACCACAACAUAGCAAUUCCUCCAGUAUCAUCAUCAUCAGCAAAUACCAGUCUUGACGAAGGUAAAUCGAUCAAAAAGGCAAAACCAAGGAAAACCAAACGUGUCAUCCAAUUACCACAUGGGGCUGUUGAACCUUCUAUGGAAUCCAAUGAUAUGUUGAAGACAGAUACCGAGAAAUCUUCACAUGUACUCCGAUAUGCAGAACUACAGCAAUCUAUCCAACCUACAUUGACACGUCGACGAUCCAGUACCUCUAAACGAUCUAGCAAAUCUACUUCAACUGCACUUCGCAUCGUCGGUCUCGAUCACCACCACCACCACCUCCUCCUUCAUCUAUUUUGGUUAACGAAGAUACUAUUGGGGAAAUUGAAUCAUCAUCCACAUCAAAACGUCUCUCUGCAGAAGAAGCCUUUCGUCGAAAAAUCGAAAUCAUGCGACAAGAAGCUGGUACUGGCUGGCUAAGAGUUUUACAAGAAAUGGAAAUAAACAAGGAAAAACUCAAGGACAAUAUUGUAGAAUGAAAAAUAUCGUUACCCUAUUAGUUAAGUUAUCUUUGUCUUUUAUAGUUACCCCCCUUCUUUAUUAUCAUUGUUAUUUUUUCUUUUUUUUUUUAAUUCAAAUACCAGCAAAUAAAAAUCAAUUGGAUUCAUAUA